AUGGCUACCGUCGAUGCUAUUCUCGCGGCCAAGUACCCGGCCAAAGUUCAUGCGCGCCGUGUCGCCCAGGCUCUCCAGGCCCAGGGCGAGGCUGGCGCUAUCUACCUCGAAGCGCAAAAAACCCGCAUGAUUGAGGACAAUGACGAGGCAAUGCCAUUCAGACAGCGUCGUCCCUUCUUCUAUCUCACCGGAUGUCCCGAGCCCGAUGCUUCAAUGGUCUACGAUGUCAAAGCGGACGAGUUAACCCUGUUUAUUCCUCCCAUCGACCCCGAUUCAGUCAUCUGGUCAGGCCUGCCCUUGUCCCCCGAGGAAGCUGCGAAGCUCUACGACGUUGAUCGCGUCCUCUAUACCUCCGAAGUCAACGCCACCCUCGCUUCAAUUGCUAGCACUCAAGGUGGAAAGACCGUGGCGUUCGCCAUUGAGGAGCAGGUGUCCGAAGGGAUACAAUUCAAGGGAUUUUCUCAGACCAACUUCAACGUUCUGAAGAAGGCGAUUGGCGAUGCUCGAGUCGUCAAGGAUGCGUACGAGAUCGCCUUGUUGCGAAAGGCCAAUGACAUCUCGGCUAAGGGCCAUAUUGCUGCUAUCAAGGCGGCCAGGACAGCGACAAACGAGCGUGAGGUGGAAGCGGCUUGGAUGCAGACCUGCAUUGCCAAUGGGUGCAAAGAGCAGUCCUACCACCCGAUCUUUGCCGGUGGCGCCAACGGUGCUACGCUCCACUAUGUGAAGAACGAUGAGUAUUUGGUUGACCAAGCGACUAAGCAGCGCAAGGGCAAUCUUCUCAUAGAUGCCGGUGGUGAAUACCGGACCUACUGUGCCGACAUUACACGAGUUGUUCCUCUAGCAGGGAGAUUCCCCACCGAGACCCGCCAGAUCUACGAGAUCGUCCUCCAGAUGCAGGCGGCGUGUAUUGCCAUGUUGAAGGAGGGUGUGCGGUGGGAUGACGUCCAUGCACAGGCACACCGCAUCGCGAUCAAGGGCCUGCUGAAGCUUGGUAUUCUGCGUGGCUCUGAGGAGGAGCUGUUCGAAAAGCGUGUCAGUGUCGCCUUCUUCCCGCACGGCCUUGGCCACUAUCUCGGAAUGGAUACCCACGAUACUGGUGGCUAUCCCAACUACGAGGACUCGGACAAGAUGUUCCGGUAUCUGCGUGUCAGAGGCAUCCUCCCGGCAGGCUCCGUCAUCACCGUCGAGCCUGGUAUCUAUUUCUGCCGCUUCAUCAUUGACCCCGUGUUGAAGUCCGCGGAGCUGAGCAAGUACAUUGAUGCCGAUGUCUUGGAGCGUUACUGGGAUGUGGGAGGCGUGCGAAUUGAGGAUAAUGUCCACAUCACCAAGGAUGGCCAUGAUAACCUCACUUCCGCCCCGAAGGCUAUUGAAGAAGUCGAGAGUCUCGCCCAAUAA